UUUGGGGAGAGCUUGAAGGCAGCGUGUUUUUUCUUUGCUGCAGGCUAUAGUGGCAAAAAGAACUCCAAACCUGGUGUUUCUUUAUGGUAAUUUUUGCUUUCAUUGCACUCUGUAGGGAGGCUGAGCUCCUUGGUCGUCCUUUCUGAGGGGUUCAACAUAAUCCAGACACAAUAAUAUCUCUUUAAUGUUUUUAUCAAUGAUCUGGAUGCAGGAGUUGAAUGCACCGUUAGCAAAUUUGCUGAUGAUACUAAACUGGGAGGUGCUGCUGCACCUCAAGGGACAAGAGGCCUUGCAGAGGGAUCUAGAUAGAUUGGAGCACUGGGCAAACAGCAACGGCAUGAAAUUUAACAAGAACAAACGCCAGAUUGGCAGGAGUACAAAUUGGGAGACAAAUUUUCCUGCAGAAGGGGAUCUGGGGGUGCUGGUUGACAUCAGGCUCAAUAUGAGUCAGCAGUGUGCCCUGGCAGCCAAGAGGGCAAACUGCGUCCUGGGGUGCAUCAAACACAGCACAACUUGCCGGUCAAAAGAGGGGAUUAUCCCACUGUAUUUAGCUUUGGUGUGGUUUUACCUUGGCUACUAUGUGCAGUUAUGGGUCCUACAAUUUAAGGAUGUUGGUACUUGAAUGCCUCCAGCAAAACUGGUGAAAGGGCUGGAAGGCAUGUCCUAUGAGGAGUGGCUAAGGACUUCAGGCUUAGGGAAUAGCAGGCUGAGGAACGACCUCAUUGCUGUCCACAACCUCCUGAGGAGGGGAAGUGGAGACAAUGGUGCCGAUCUCUUCUUGGUAUCCAGGGGUAGGACGUGUGGGAAUGGUUCCAAGCUGCACCAGGAGAUUUAGACUGGACAUCAGGGAACAUUUCUUUAGAGGGUGGUCAAACACUGGAACAGGCUUCCUGAAGAGGUGGUCCAUGCUGAGUGCCUGGCAGUGUUUAAUAGGCAUUUGGACAACAUGCUUAAUAACAUGUUUUAGCUUUUGGUCAGCCCUGAAUUGGUCAGGCAGUUGGACUCGAUGAUUGUUUAGGUCGCUUCCAACUGAAAUACUAUAUUGUACUCUAUUCUAUUUUAGCAUAGCUACUUUCUAAACUAACAAGAAGCUAGAGCUUCUUAGCCAGUGAUGUUCCUGAGAUGAUGCUUGCCAAGAGCUGGUACUAUUGCAGUCAAACCCUGCACUGGGUCUCUAGAUAACAAUGAUGUUUCAAGCUAGCUUUCUGUUGUGGGGUACAAAGCUUUCAUCCAGUUACAGUAUAAAAGUCAACAAGGGGCUGACAGAUGCCAGCUUGGUUCUGUUGUAAGUGGGGUCUCUUGUUUCAUAACAGUGCUGAUGAGAUGGGAGAAUAACUUCUCAGGUCAAUUUCCAAAGUAAAAUGUGUGGUAACGGCAGCACCCGCAGAAGUAAAACCAACAAAAAAGAGAGGGCAUACCUAUAACAACCUACUUCUGCAUUGGUUUUUUUGGUCCAUUUGCUUUUCAUCCAUAACAAAAGGGUUCUAGUUAUGUUUCUAAUUAAAUCAACAGAAAAGAAGAAGUCACCAAGCAGGUUACUUGUAGAAUACUUUCCUGUUACUUCAUGAUGAGUAAACUGCACAUAAUUUUUAUGCCGAUUGAAACUUUAAAUGUUGAAAACGCAUAUUUAUUUUUAAUAUCUGUAGAAGCAUUUUUCAUUUAAAUCAACUCUAUGUUGUUACACUAAGAACAGCAAAACUUUGAAUGGAGAGCAAAUUUCUGUGUAAUACGAGCAAGAGAGUGGUCAUAACUUUAUCUGUUGUCACAAGAGUAAAUAUGUCUUUUUGGGUUUUGUUCUAGGGAAUUCACUCUCUUAAAAGAAAAUGUCUACAGCUAAUGUUGCAGCAAGAGUGGAAACUUGGCUUUCAUCCACAUGGCAUGUUAAAGUUCCUUUGACAUGGCUGGAAGCGUGUAUUAGUUGGAUCCAGGAAGAAAAUGGUGGUAAUAACUUAAGUCAAGCUCAGAUUAACAGGCAGGUGUUUGAGCAAUGGCUUCUUACUGAUCUAAGAGAUUUGGAAUACCCCAUUUUGCCUGACUGCAUCUUAGAUGCUCCCAAAGGAGAGUUGUCAGGCUUCUACUCCAUACAGAUUGAUUCACUUCUUGAUGUUAGCCAGCCAGCGUAUUCCCAGUUGCAGAAGCUAAGAGGGAAAAAUACUGUAAAUGAAGAAGUAACAGCUGUGACACAGGCUUUCCCGAAGCCCUGGGAAGCAAAGCCUACUCGAAUGCUGAUGCUGCAGCUAACUGAUGGGAUACAUCAGAUUCAGGGCAUGGAGUAUCAACCAGUGCCUGUCCUCCACAGUAACCUUCCUCCUGGAACAAAAAUCACUGUACAGGGUAAUAUUGCAUAUCGUCUUGGAGUUCUUCUGCUUAAACCAGAAAAUGUGAAACUGUUGGGGGGUGAAGUGGAUGCUCUUCUGGAGGAGUAUUCUCAGGAAAGAGUCCUUGCUAGGUUAAUAGGAGAAACAGAAAACCCUAAUUCUGCUGGGCAAGCUGGUCACAACCAAACUGCUUCAAGGCCGGUGCAUGAAUUAGAACAAAUUCCAGGCCCUUCAGAUGAAGAGCUUUUAGCCAGUCUUGAUGAAAAUAACGGAUUUUCUUUAAAUAAUGAAGCAUCUUUAGAAAGUGGAUACUGCAGUAGAAGCAACAAUUUUAGUACAGCCUCAGGUUCGCUGACUGCACACAAUGGAAAUGGUUUGCUGCAGGAAUCUGGAAGUCCUUUGCCUCAUUCAGAUGAACACGUUUCACCUCCCACAGAAUAUGUCGAUGGCUUUUUAAAUGACUUGCCUUUAGAAGAUGACUUUCUUCUGGAAGAAGAGAUGCAAAGAGAGCUGGAAGAAGUGCCGCCAGUGGUCAUGAACAGAAACAUAGGUUUAAUUGCUGAGAGACUUCCACAUACAUCUAGAAGCUCUUGCAAUUCAUCUUUAAAUGGCACUUGUGAAAAAGAUGAUGUGAAUGGGAGAGAUAAGCCUGUAGAAGCUACCAGCAAGCAAAAGACUUUUGGAAGAACAGUAUUUGAUGGAGAUGGAAAUAGCAUGAGUAGUUUUUCACAGCACAAGAGUGUACAUCAGACAUGCAGUUCUACAGAUUUUGCUUUGGAAAAUCCUUCUGAGGAAAGGCAGAAUGAUACAGACCUAGAUGAGAGCAGAUGUAAGCCCCAGCACUCUUCUGACAGCAGGCUGUUAAAUUGCAACCCUGUAUUUUUCUCAAAAACAGAUCCAGAAUUAGAUCCGCAUGUUUCCCAGACCGUUUCUUGUAGAGCAGUAGAGGCACUUGUAGACUUGGAUUCUCCACCUUUCACGUAUAUUUCCCUUCUUCUGGCAAAAAACCCAGAAACUGUUACAAUUCUGAAAGUUAAAUGUUUUAUUGUUACUCUUACUGGAAACCUCACAAGCAGCAAUGGAUCCUGGGGUAUAAAGGCAAAAAUUUCUGAUGGCUCAGCUUAUCUUGAAGUAGAUUUUGCUAAUGAUAUUCUAACAAGUUUGAUUGGCUUUUCAGUGCCUGAAAUGAAUAGGCUGAAAAAGGAUCCAGCUUUACAUCUAAAGCUUAAGGAUGGUUUAGAGAAAUGUCAAAAACAACUGAUAGAUCUCUGUUGUUUGAUGACUAUAGAGUUUAAUCCACUUCAGUCUAAAGCCACUGUAUUACUUCUCCAGGAUGCUGAUGCAAGGCACCUAGAACAAUUAAAGAAACGUUUGAAUAAAUAACAUGUGCAAACUUGCAGACUGUGUAUUAAGGAACAUUUAAGUCAGAUUUCCCCUGAAGGACUGCUGAAAGUUAAAUUUUAAAGUUAAGUGGUAUGUCUUUUCUCUUACCAGGAAAAAUAAUGGAAAACUGAGAGGAGGAAUGACUUGUUGGAGCGAGACUUAGUAGUUUAUUUCUUAUGGUAAUAGUAUUGAAAUAAGCUUUCAAAUAUUUCUGUCUUGAUUUAAAAUACUCUUGUAUCACUUUUAUUCUGCAAAAUCCUCGGUGUCCUUAAUUAGUGGAGUAGCAGAAUUUGUCAGAAAAUGGGUAAUAACAAACAAACUAUAUUGUUGUUAUACUUUUUCAAGGAUGAUUACUUAUUUGAUUUUUAAAAGGUAGCUAUAGGAGACUGUCAAUCUUUUCUUGGAGGAAAGCAGUUGAGCAAAUUCAAACAAAGAAUUAUUGUUUAAAUGCAGUCACUUCUGACUAUGCCAACCUGAAAACUUGGAAUACUUAUUCAGUGUGAAAGAAACUGAAGCAUAGAGAAAUGAAAUAUUUUCUUCUAAAUGUUCAGGUGUGAGGGGAAAAAAAUGCUACCGUAUACAUAAAUGAGAUAAAAAGCUGUAUAUUUUUUUAAAAAAAUAAAGUGCCAAAUAUUUUAAAAUGUUUUAUUAACAGAAAAGAAUUUUUAUAACAUGGGAAAUCUUAUUUUUUUCAUGUUAAUGUUAAUCAUUGCUAAUAGUUUUGAAUGCACAGGCAAGGCCACCUUGUUCAUUCUUAUGAUUACUUGUCUAACCUAUUCAUAGUGUAGCCAAAUACUUGUGCUACAAACCUGUUGUAUGUGUGUAUUUAAUGUUGGUCUUAAUUUUGAUUUAUUUUUUUUUAAUUCUGAUUUUAGAAUGUAUGAAAAUAAAUGUAUUAAAGCUUUCAUUUAAACUUUG